AUGGAAGGAGUUGGGCCUACAGUAGCAUCGGACGAGCAGGAAGGUUGGGGCGUUGGUGUCGAGAUUGAGAACAGUAUCUUGGUAAGAACGUCAUACGGUCUCAUCUGCACUGUAGGGAUCAUUGGCAACCUGCUUGUCUGUUUGGUCAUGCUAAGAGUCCCAUCCCUUCGUUCCAACACCAGUGACUUUCUCGUGCAUCUAGCUAUAGUAGAUUUCAUGACUUGUCUGUGGGCAGUCCUAUUUCAUCUUUUCACGUACACCCCGUCCCCUAGCGGUGGUUGGGGUGGUGAAAUCAGGUGUCGCAUGUUCGAUUCCAAGUUCCCCCUCUGGACCAGUAUGCUUGUCUCUGUCUUCAACCUGGCAGUGGUAAAUCUGCAAAGAUAUGUAGCCAUUGUCCAUCCUCACAAGUAUAAGACGUUAUUCCAACCCAGAAACAAAUACCUCAUCUUACUGGGUUGUUGGUGCCUGGCGUUACUUUGCAACUGGUAUUACUUCAUCAUAUAUGAUGUGUUCGACGGUACGACCGCUUGUCUGUUUGUCGGUUGGGGUAACUUCGCUUUGCAGGCUGUAGCUGGCGUCUACAUUUUCACUGCGUACUUGUUGGCACCUCUAAGCAUCAUGGUUAUCACACAGUGGAGGGUGAUCUCAAGCCUUAACCAGCAAGUGAAACAACUGAAGGAGAAGCGUCAAAGAUCAGAUGGCGGUCAAGAAGUUAACCACGCCAAAGAAAGACAGAUGUGGCAGCUCCGAACGUCCAAGGAACUUCAGAAAACUCUGCUGGUUGUAAUUAUCGCUUACGUCGUCUGCUGGACACCGACUAACGUUGUCUACUUUGCAUUCAACUUGGGAGCGCCUGUCAAUUUCGCUGCACCCUACUUUCACUUCUGUGCGAUCCUUUCCAUCAGCAAUUCCUGUAUAAAUCCCAUCAUCUACACCAUGAAAAAUCGGUCCUUCAGGAAAGGAAUCAAGCAGUUGUUCUGGUGUAGCUGUGGAGCGGGUGGGGAUCAGAUUCAACCCCAAGGCACCGACAGCUUGAAGAUUGUGGAUGUCAUCGAAGUAGCUGGUGAAACUGAAGUUACGCACACUACCUGAUCGAAGGUCAUCAAGAUUAGGCCGGCAAGAUUUGAAUAGCCUGUGAAUUGGUUUAAAACUGAAUGACUUGUGAUGGACUUACAGGGACUUGUGAUGGACUCCAAUACAACACUGGUUAACAGUAUUGGGCGGAUGACUGAGGGAUGAUUUCAGUCCAUUAAAAGCACUGCAUAAUUUACGUUUUAUUGAUAUAUCAUCGCACUUUAAAUUACACGGUGCAAACUUAUUCACCUGUUAAUAUAGUGGAAUAUGGCACCGAUGUAUUAGAAGUAGGCCUGGAGAAACCGUGGCU